AGCCUUCUUCACUCUCCAAACUUUCACCAAACUCUUUGCCCCCGCCUCCCCGAAACCAAAACACAACAAGCUCUGGAGGAGCGGCGAGCAGCGCGGCGGGGCGGGAGGACUGGCGGCUGCAGAGAGCCUCGGGAGGCUGAUGCAACUUUCCCUUUAAGAAAGCCACCUGGGCGCACCGCGGUGCGGACCCAGCUCGCCCGGGCCGGGGGCUGCAGUAUGCUCUUGCGGCCUGUUGUUUGAAAGGCACUGAAAGCCGAGUCUGCAAGUGUGAUCCAGAUCUCCAGAUCCCCCAACCCGCUGCCACCAUGGUAGGAAAAGGUGCCAAAGGGAUGUUGAAUGGUGCUGUGCCCAGCGAGGCCACCAAGAAGGACCAGAACCUCAAACGGGGCAACUGGGGCAACCAGAUCGAGUUUGUACUGACGAGCGUGGGCUAUGCCGUGGGCCUGGGCAAUGUCUGGCGUUUCCCAUACCUCUGCUAUCGCAACGGGGGAGGCGCCUUCAUGUUCCCCUACUUCAUCAUGCUGAUCUUCUGCGGAAUCCCUCUCUUCUUCAUGGAGCUCUCCUUCGGCCAGUUUGCAAGCCAGGGCUGCCUGGGGGUCUGGAGGAUCAGCCCCAUGUUCAAAGGCGUGGGCUACGGCAUGAUGGUGGUGUCGACCUACAUCGGCAUCUACUACAACGUGGUCAUCUGCAUUGCCUUCUACUACUUCUUCUCCUCCAUGACCCACGUGCUGCCCUGGGCGUACUGCAACAACCCCUGGAACACGCCUGACUGUGCCGGCGUGCUGGACGCUUCCAACCUCACCAAUGGCUCCCGGCCCGCUGCCCUGUCUGGCAACCUGUCUCAGCUGCUCAACCACACCCUGCAGAGGACCAGCCCCAGUGAGGAGUACUGGAGGCUGUAUGUGCUGAAGCUGUCGGAUGACAUCGGAAACUUUGGGGAGGUGCGGCUUCCCCUCCUAGGCUGCCUCGGUGUCUCCUGGGUGGUCGUCUUCCUCUGCCUCAUCCGAGGAGUCAAGUCUUCAGGAAAAGUGGUGUACUUCACGGCCACGUUCCCCUAUGUGGUGCUGACCAUUCUGUUUGUUCGCGGAGUGACCCUGGAAGGAGCCUUCACGGGUAUCAUGUACUACCUGACCCCACAGUGGGACAAGAUCCUGGAGGCCAAGGUGUGGGGGGAUGCCGCCUCGCAGAUCUUCUAUUCCCUGGGCUGCGCGUGGGGUGGCCUCAUCACCAUGGCGUCCUACAAUAAGUUCCACAACAACUGCUACCGGGACAGCGUCAUCAUCAGCAUCACCAACUGUGCCACCAGCGUCUAUGCUGGCUUCGUCAUCUUCUCCAUCCUAGGCUUCAUGGCCAAUCAUCUGGGUGUGGAUGUGUCCCGAGUGGCAGACCACGGUCCUGGGCUAGCUUUCGUAGCUUACCCUGAGGCCCUCACGCUGCUCCCCAUCUCCCCACUCUGGUCCCUGCUCUUUUUCUUCAUGCUCAUCUUGCUGGGGCUGGGUACGCAGUUCUGCCUCCUAGAGACCCUCGUCACUGCCAUUGUGGAUGAGGUGGGGAAUGAGUGGAUCCUGCAGAAAAAGACCUAUGUGACCUUGGGUGUGGCUGUGGCUGGCUUCUUGCUGGGCAUUCCCCUCACCAGCCAGGCAGGCAUCUACUGGCUGCUGCUGAUGGACAACUAUGCUGCCAGCUUCUCACUGGUUGUCAUCUCCUGCAUCAUGUGUGUGUCCAUCAUGUACAUCUAUGGGCACCGAAACUACUUCCAGGACAUCCAGAUGAUGCUGGGGUUCCCACCACCGCUCUUCUUCCAGAUCUGCUGGCGCUUCGUCUCCCCAGCCAUCAUCUUUUUCAUUCUCAUCUUCACGGUGAUCCAGUACCGGCCAAUCACCUACAACCACUACCAGUACCCAGGCUGGGCCGUGGCCAUCGGCUUCCUCAUGGCUUUGUCGUCUGUCAUCUGCAUCCCGCUGUAUGCGCUGUUCCAGCUCUGCCGCACAGACGGAGACACACUUCUUCAGCGUUUGAAAAAUGCCACAAAGCCAAGCAGAGACUGGGGCCCUGCCCUCCUGGAGCACCGGACUGGGCGCUAUGCCCCCACCACGGCCCCGUCUCCUGAAGAUGGAUUUGAGGUCCAGCCACUGCACCCGGACAAGGCCCAGAUCCCCAUUGUGGGCAGUAACGGCUCCAGUCGCCUCCAGGACUCGAGGAUAUGAGCACAGUUGUUGCAAGGGGAGAGGCCCCGCCCAACCCUUGCUCCCACCACAGAGACUGGGGAGGCAGUGGGCAGGUGGGACCACCUGCUCCACCAUGCCCUGGCCAGGAUGGCCGCUGUCACCUUGGCCACCACCGCUAGUGCAGACAUUUGUGCUCAUGUCCCCAGUGUUUACACGUCCUUUGGAUGCCCAGAUAGCAGCUGGGGGUGGGAAAGCGAUGGGAGGAUUGCUGUGGGGGUGGGGCACGGGGUGGUAGUGUCCAAAGCACUUUGGAGGUGGUCUCGGGCCGGGUUCCCGGAGGCUUUGCCAGGCUUCACGUGGCCUCUGAUACCCUCACGCUCUGCCCUGAGCCAUUUCACCAGGGGACGAGAGGUUCUGCAGCCAUACCCCACCUGUUCCCCUCCAGCCUCACGACCAGUGUUCCUGACCCCAGACCAGACCCUAGCCUCCGCCCCAGCAAAUCUGUAUCUUUCUCCCAGGGACGAGGUGAGGGGCCGCACAGCGUUGGGCGUCAGACGACCACCCAGCCCUGUCUGUGUAAUUAUUUUUGUAAAAAUUGUAUUAUCUGUGGUUCUCCCUCAACCCCCCGCCCCCAGCCUCGAGUCCAGUCUGUCUGUCUUCCAGGCCUGCCUGCACCUCACUUGGCUGCUUCGGGGUCUCUGCCCUUUGUUUCCAACCUCGGUUGUCAGGCCCAGCCAGCGGAGGCUGGGACUCAGCAGCCCGCCCAAAGCACUUGUUCAUGGAGGGAAAGAAAGGGGACUUCUCAGCAGGAAGUUGGAGCCCAGGGUCCUGGGGAAGGGGACCAUGCACGACCUUCCCUGGUCCGCCCUCCACCAGGCUGAAGGCCCAGUCUUCCCAGACGUGCUACCCCCCCCAACUCAAUGUGCCAAAUGGCCCCCAGUCUCCCCCCCUCCCCCCGCCGUGAGAGCUCCUCCCAGCCCUGCGCUGUCCGUGCGUCCGUCCUCUGUGCCCUCUGCAGUGACAGCCCUGGCCAAGGCACCUCUAACCCUCUGUAGCAAUAACGGUGUACCGCCCAACCCUGUCCGGUGCGCGUCACUAGGGUUUUAAAGUCCGUAGAUUUUAAUGAAAUUUCUAUUCCUGUCUCUGA